UCAACAAUGAAUGAAUUAGACCAUGGAGGUGAAGUAAUGGGGUCAAUUGACUCUUAUGGAACUUUUGAGCAUGAAGAAGAGAUCCUGCUUAUGAACCACGGAGACGACUCUACUACAGAAUUAGUGAAAAGACUUAAUAAGUCUCAAAGAGUCACUAGGCUGCCUGAUAAACAUACAGUAGCCGAAUUACUAGAGAUGGCAGGGGGAUUUGGCAAAGCACAGUGGUAUAGCUUCUUUGCUGUCUUACUAUGUAACCUAGCUAUUUCCUUUUAUUCAUAUAAUUUGCCAUAUCUUGAGUUAAAGCCACAACUUUCAUGAGAUAUUGAGAAUAAAUUUGGUGUAUGCUCUAUUGAAGAUGUGUGACAAGACCCAGGAUUCAAUAAGUGGCAAGUUGAUUAUUCAGACAAAAUGACUAUCAACAACUGGAUGUUGGAUAGAGAUGACUUCUGUAUCGGACACUUCAAAACUGGACUCAUUGGAAGCUCGAUGAUGGUUGGUGUACUUCUAUCAACAGUGAUUUCACAGAUGUCUGAUUUUAUUGGAAGAAAGAGGUUCAUUCAAGUCUGCUCCCUCUGUAGUAUUCUGGUAGUUAACCUAUUGUUCUUUGCAAAAGAUAUUGACGUAAGGAUCAUCCUCUGUUUAUGAAUUGGGAUGCUAAAUAGCAUAUACUAUUGCUCUUACAGUUAUCUUCUUGAAAUCACACCAAAGAAAAACACUUCUCUGAUGAGCCAUUUAUUUAUGGUGUCUGAAGGGUUUGUUCCUACCUUCUCUUGUUCAAUGUUUUUCUUGUUAGGGAACAAAAACUGGGAACAUUUGUUCUUUUUCACCUUAAUCCUAGCACCUUUAGGAUUAUCUUUAUCGUUUUUCUUGCCAAAAUCUCCUCAAUAUCUAUUUGAUAACAAUGAAGAGGAGAGUGCAAAGGCUGAGCUUGAGAGUAUCUCCAAAAUGAAUGGCUGCGAACUUCCUGAGAACUAUAAAAUUGUCAAUGAAGAGGAAGGGUCUGACUCUCAUUCCAUUUCUGAAGGCAAGUGUAUGUAUUUUGCCUCUUUCCAAAAUUUCUUAAAGCUUGCUAUAUUCUCUGUGAUUCUGACCUACUUAUGCUUUAACGGAGUUUUGUUUGACUAUUAUGUUAAAUAUAUAGAAAUUGAUAUGUUCCUUAUCAAUUUACUGAAGUCUCUAGGCGGAGCUGUGUCAAUUGUGUUAAGUUAUACUUUCCUAAGGUUCUUCGCGUUCAAAAAGGUUGCUAUUACUAUCUUAAUCUUAUUGGCACUGCUUGCACUUCCCUUGCUAGGAAGUAUAGAAUCUAAUGGAAAGGCUUUGAUUGUGAUCAGUCUUGUAGGAAUUUCUUCCUGAAUGACUUCUUUGUUCGUGCUCAUGUAUUAUUUUGUCAGUGAAUCUUUUCCGCAUGCAAUGGUCCCACUUGUUCUCUGUUUAGCCCAUAUUGUGAGUAAUGUAUUGAUGAUUAUGUCACCAGAAGUCGCUGAAGUCAAAGGCAGACUCCCAAUUUUCAUCUUCUUGGGAGCUACUUUGUUCUCUUUGGUAUCAAUAGUGUUGUAUAAGAAACCAGAGAAAGAAGAAUACUUAACCAAAGAUUAAUUCCUGAUAAAUAUUGAUUUCAA